AUGGUCCUUUCGAGUUCUGUGAUUCUAUGCAAUUAAAAGAAGGCACUUCUCCGCAGCCGCAGCCGGGAGACACAUAACCAUCUCGACUCUCUCCCUCCCCGCAAAUAAACCCGGGAAAGGAACAGACGAGCGCGACGAGGAUUUAAGCGGCUGAGGAACAGACUACGCCCCCUCGCGAGGAGGGCGAGUUGCCAAUCCCGGCGCAUGCGCGGCGGCAGGGCUCUUGUGGCGGCGGCGGGAGGGGGGGAUUGCCGCGGGAGAGGCGUCUUCGGGUGCGCGUGCGCGGUGGUGCCCCUUUGCUUUCGACUAUAUAGGCGGCGGCGGCCGGAGCUGGGUUGACACUGAGCGGAAAGAGCUGGAAGGCGAGGGUUGGAGGGACGCUAAUUGACGGGUAAGGGACCGGUGGGGGGGAGGGCGGCGGAUAGGAUGGCGGCGGGGGGCGCGGGAGGGAGGCCCGGUUUCCUUCGAAAGCGGCGCUUAGCCCUCGCUUGCUCGUGUCCGAGGCGGCGGCGGCGGCCCAGCCGGCACUUCUUCGCUCCUGACCUUGUCCGGCCUCGGAUGGACGGAGCUGUCCGGGGCAGGGGAAGCGGGUGGCCGCUCGGGGCGCCCUUGGCCGCCGAGUCUGGGCGAGAUGCGGAGGGGCUUCUCCUCCCCCUACAAAGCUGCCCCUGGGCGAAAGGGGCCGGGAGGGAGAUCUUCGUCCCCAGGAGGGGAGAGGGAAAGCGGGGGGUGGUCCUCCUCCUCCUCCUCCUCUUCCUCGCCCCGAUCCCUCUGUGCCCCUCGCUUCGUUUCCACCGUGCGCCAGGGGAGACACGGCCCUCCUUCACUGGCAGGCUUUCGAUCGGCCACAGCGGAGUCUUCACUUCGGUCCCCCGCAAAAGAAUCCGAGAAGAGGAGGAAGAAGUGGCCGGGUUGGGGCGAUCUCGUUCAGCCCUCGGGGAUGGAGCCUCCCUAGAUCUGCCCGUGUCAGUUGUCUUAGGAGACUUGGAUGGGGGUUUCCGACAAGUUCCGCGUCCUCUCCACAAACGUCCCUCACUCACACCAAUAAAUUUUCCUGGUUUUUAAACGCCUUGCAAACAGACGUGUUGGCGGGGUGGGGCGAGGUCUUGCAGGUUGGCGAGUUUAUUGUGGCAUAUUCUUAGGUGGGCUAAAGCUCGCUUCACUGAACCCAUGAAAUAUUGCCUGUCCAAAUACUGGCAUCUAGCGUUAUCUGUCAUUUUGGGCAAGCACUCAAGGCUGGCUGUAUUCCACAAUGUGCUAUGCCGCAAUAAGUCUUUGUAAGUUUUAACAUGCUGCAAGACUCUUUGCACGCAACGUUGCAACAGAUCCGUAGGCUACCCUUCUGGAACUGGUGAGUCAAGAUUCCUUGGACUGCCUAUCCUCCCAGUUUUUCUUUCCUUCUUUUGUCAGUCAAGAGGUCAUAUGUGAAAUUAUCCACUGCUGAAUUACUAUGCCAGUGGUUCGGGUAUUUUGGCCUGUAGCUCAAUGCAUGUGCAGCUAUUUAAUCUUUGGUGGCGCUAUGUUUUUGUUUUCUGUUGUUUGCUUUUGCUUAAAGGUUGCUUCAUGCAUUGUAAACAUCUUGAACUGGAGGGGUGUCCUUUGUAGGACUGAACCUGCAACUGUGUGUGUAGAUCAUAAUAUGUUACAAUCUUGUGUGCAUCUAAAAGCUGCAAGCACAUCCAAAAGUCACUAACCUAUGUAUGCUGGUCAUCUAUAUGUUUGUCAUAUGUGAAGUGACCCCAGUAGUUCUUGAAGAAGUCUUGUAUACAGGCUUGUCUCUCUUGCAUCUUUGUAUGAUGUUAAACUACAUUGUUUUGUUAUUUUCAGCAAGACUUUUGAAAACUCUUGA